CCAUUACUAUUCUAGCCUCGUUCUGGAGACAGUCCAGGAAUAUAAAGCCUUUGUCCGGCUUUUCCAAAUUAUUCCUGAGCUGUACCGUUACUUCUCAGAUUUAUUGGAGAACUUCUCGCACAUUUUAUAACAAUGAGGGAGAUUGUUCAUAUCCAGGCCGGUCAGUGCGGAAACCAAAUUGGUGCCAAGUUUUGGGAGGUGAUUAGUGAUGAACAUGGGAUAGACCCAACAGGAACCUACCAUGGAGACAGUGACCUGCAGCUGGACCGAAUCAGUGUCUAUUAUAAUGAAGCCACAGGAGGUAAAUAUGUGCCAAGAGCUAUCCUAGUAGAUUUGGAGCCUGGCACUAUGGACUCUGUGCGUUCAGGACCCUUUGGGCAGAUCUUCAGACCAGAUAACUUUGUGUUUGGACAGAGUGGAGCUGGUAAUAACUGGGCCAAGGGCCACUACACAGAGGGGGCGGAGCUUGUGGAUUCAGUUCUGGAUGUGGUUCGUAAGGAGUCUGAGAGCUGUGACUGCCUGCAGGGUUUCCAGCUCACUCACUCCCUGGGUGGGGGUACCGGGUCCGGCAUGGGCACCCUCCUUAUAAGCAAAAUCCGUGAAGAGUAUCCAGACCGGAUCAUGAACACAUUUAGCGUGGUGCCUUCCCCAAAAGUCUCUGACACCGUAGUGGAGCCUUACAACGCCACCCUGUCAGUCCAUCAGCUGGUUGAGAACACUGAUGAAACUUAUUGCAUAGACAAUGAAGCCUUAUAUGAUAUCUGCUUCCGCACCCUUAAACUUACCACCCCCACAUAUGGCGACCUCAACCAUCUGGUGUCAGCCACCAUGAGCGGUGUUACCACCUGCUUGCGCUUCCCUGGCCAGCUAAAUGCUGACCUUCGCAAAUUAGCUGUUAACAUGGUGCCAUUCCCUCGUCUUCACUUCUUUAUGCCUGGCUUUGCUCCUCUGACCAGUAGAGGCAGCCAGCAAUACCGUGCUCUCACCGUGCCUGAGCUCACACAGCAAGUGUUCGAUGCCAAAAACAUGAUGGCAGCCUGCGACCCGAGACACGGACGCUACCUGACCGUCGCCGCCGUGUUCCGCGGACGCAUGUCCAUGAAGGAGGUUGAUGAGCAGAUGCUGAAUGUCCAGAACAAAAACAGCAGCUACUUUGUGGAAUGGAUCCCCAACAACGUCAAAACCGCCGUCUGCGACAUUCCUCCCAGGGGUCUUAAAAUGGCCGUCACCUUCAUCGGCAACAGCACCGCCAUCCAGGAGCUCUUCAAGCGCAUCUCCGAGCAGUUCACAGCCAUGUUCAGGCGCAAGGCUUUCUUGCAUUGGUACACAGGAGAAGGUAUGGAUGAGAUGGAGUUCACCGAGGCAGAGAGCAACAUGAACGACCUGGUGUCUGAGUACCAGCAGUAUCAGGAUGCCACUGCUGAAGAGGAAGGGGAGUUUGACGAAGAGGCAGAGGACGAUGCUUAAGAAGGAAAAGAAUGAGGGUGGGAGAAGGAAAAGGGGAGGUGUUUGGGGAAGAGAUAAUGUGGUUGGAUAAAUGUAGCAAAACAUGUGGAAACAACAUUUAGUGUGUCAGUCAAAUGAAGUAGAAAUUAGCACUAGACAAAAGGGGCCAAAAAUAAUCAGAGGUAUGCAGGAAGAAUGUUCUUAAACAUGGAAUGAGUGCUUGCUGUUACUCACUUUUUUGUUUUAUUUACCAUUUCUGUCAUCAGUUCCUCUUUGUACAAUACAUAACAGGGAAGGAUAAAAUGACAAACAUCCGCAUUUUGAACAGCAUGUGACAUCAGCUACUGUGUUUGACCAGGUCAGACGGAAUUCAGAUCUUGUGUCAGGACAAAAACGAUGGAGGGAAACUAUCCACUGCAUAAAAAUGAUUGUUAUAAAUCAAGUAGAGGGAUCAAGAAGGAAAACUAGGAAAGUUUUUCUUACUUUAAUGUUCACUUCUUUAUGUUUGCAAAGUAUUUUAGUAUUAAUCAUAAUGCUGCUGUAGUGUUGCUAUAACACUAUAGUGUUUGUGUUUAUGAUGUUACAAUUGCACUAGAACAGGGCACUCCAAUGUGAAAUUAUUGCACUCCAAUGUGACCUCCCAAGGUCUAAUUGCAGUAUUUAGAGAAAAGUUUUUUAAGGGAAAAGUAUGUUUUGCCAAACGAUAAAGAAAAGACAAUGAAAGGAGCAAAAGAAAGACAAGAUUCCGAAUAACAGGGUUAUUGAAUCUUGACCUCACUUGGACGCCAGCCAACGUCUACAGGAGGACAUGAGGAAGGACAAGGUUGACACUGGAAGGUAUUAGAUUAUGAAGAAUUGUGGGAUUAAGCAUGUUGAAUCGAUUAAUAGUGCAAAUAUUAACGUUAUGGACUCUCUCUUGUCCCAUAUCUGAGCCCAUACUGUGUUACUCAUUUAUUAUAUAUUUAAAAUUUGUCGAUGUCCCUUGCACAUUUUCUUUGAUUCCUGUUGGAAAAACUGAGCCUCUGGAGAAAACCAAAAUAAAAAUGAAAACAAUUUCGUUAAA